AUGGAUCGUCCUGCUCCUCUUACGGAUACUAGUACCUCCGAGCAAAGGAGGAUUUAUGAGAAGUGGGACCGUUCAAACCGCAUGAGUCUUAUGAUCAUUAAGCGCGGCAUACCUGAGGCUUUUAGGGGUGCGGUGUCCGAGGAGGUCACCGAUGCCACAGCUUUCCUUGCUGAAAUUGAGAAAAGCUUUGCAAAAAGCAAUAAGGCGGAAACAACUUCAGUACCAGGAAACACUUGGUGGUUAGAUUCCGGUGCUACCACUAACAUCAGUGUUUCUAUGCAGGGUUGCCUGAGUUACCGAAAGCCAAAUGAUGCUGAAAGAAGCAUUUAUCUGGGAAAUGGCAAGUCGGUAAAUGUGGAAGCAAUAGAGCAUUUUAGUUUAUCUAUUAAUUCAAAUACUGUUGGAACUGGUUCUCUUAUGGUUUAUGACAACUUAUAUUUGCUUGACACCGUUGCUUCUUAUAAUGAAACCUUGAAUGUUAAAUCAAAUGGUACUAAGCGUAAAAUGGAUAAUGAAAAAUCAAGUUCCUUAUGGCACAAACGGCUAGGUCACAUCUCUAGAAAUAGAGUUGAGCGACUUGUGUCUGAUGGAAUUUUAAAUUCAAUUGAUUUUUCAGACUUUGAUGUUUGCAUUCAAUGCAUCAAAGGCAAACACACCAAAACUAAGAAAUUGGAUGAUUACUCAAGAUAUGCGUACCUAUUUCUACUUCAUGAAAAGUCUCAAGUCUUGGAUGUGCUCAAAUCUUUUAAGGCUGAAGUUGAGAAUCAACUUAGCAAAAGAAUAAAGCAAGUCAGGUUUGACCGUGGUGGUGAGUACUAUGGCAGAUAUGACGGAUCAGGUGAACAACGUCCAGGACCUUUUGCCAAAUAUCUAGAGGAGUGUGGAAUUGUCCCACAGUACAUUAUGCCAGGAUCUCCUAGCAUGAAUGGUGUUGCUGAAAGACGAAACCGUAUUCUUAAAGAUAUGGUAAAGAGUAUGAUCAGUCAUUCAACCUUACCAGAAUCACUCUGGGGAGAGGCACUUAAGACAGCAGCCUACAUUUUGAAUAGGGUACCAACUAAAGCAGCUGAAAAAACACCUUAUGAGCUUUGGACAGGGCGAAAUCCUAGUCUUAAGCACUUUCAUGUUUGGGGAUGUCCAGCUGAGGCUAGGCCUUAUAGGCCAAAUGAAAAGAAGCUAGAACCCAAAACUGUGAGCAGCUACUUUAUUGGAUAUUCUGAACGAUCUAGGGGUUUCAAGUUUUAUGAUCCCAAAGUAAAGAAUAUAUUUGAAACGGGAACUGCAAAGUUUUUUGAGGAUAUUGAGUUUGGGGGGAGAAAUACGGUUAAAGACUUUGUUUUUGAGGAGGAUUUAGAAUCAACCACUUCUCUUGAAGAUGAGUUGAUUCCUAUUCCAAUAGUUGCUUUUGACAAUAUUCAGGAUUCCAUUCCUAAUAUUGAUCAAGUUUUAAAUCAAGAGCAACCAAACAUAGUCAAUCAAACCCCAGAGGUACAAACUCAACAACCUCAAGAACAAGUGCCUUUGCGACGAUCCACUAGAGAAAGAAGAAAUGCUAUUAAUCCAGAUGAAUACAUAAUGUAUCUUCAAGAACAUGAGGAUGAACUCCCAGCCCCCCUUGUGUUGUGCGACUUCGACCAACCCCGGCGACCACCCCUGACCCCCAGACAGGUUGUUGACGAUGCAAGCGAUCGCCUCGGUGCUGAUCACCAUUUCUCGCUCUUUAAGACCAAAUUUGGAAAGUCUUACGCUUCUCAGGAGGAGCACGAUUACAGGUUCGAGGUUUUCAAGGCUAACCUACGCCGUGCUAGGCGUCACCAGAGGCUUGACCCUUCGGCUAACCAUGGCGUGACUCGUUUCUCUGACCUUACUCCGGCUGAGUUUCGUCGUACCUUUCUUGGACUCUGGAGCCGCCUUAGACCUCCCCUGGGUCGGGGGUGGUCGCCGGGGUUGGACGAAUCUCGCCGGCAUCGUCAACAACCUGUUUGGGUGUCAGGGGUGGUCGCUGGGGACGUUGAGACCCCCUGUCGGGUUGGUGAUAACAUCUCCUCAUCUCAGCUGGUGCAUGAGGUGUAUAAGGAUGCUUGGUCUCAAGUCUGGUCGCCGUUUGGUACCCUUGUGGAGGUGGGUUUUGUGUCCCCUCCACAGGAUUUAUGUGAGGCUUUGCUUGGAACUGUAGAAGGUUGGGGCAUACCUCUACAGUUCGGGACUUGA